AGAUUAAUUUAGCCAAAUCAUCUUGUACUGAAUCUGGGGAAUCUUAACAUCUUGAAGCUUGAGAAACAAGUGACAAAUCAUCAAACACCUAACACUCACUCUUCCACCUAACCAAAUCCUUCAAACGAUGCCAGUUUUUAAAACCCCAUUCAACGGUUACUCCGUCAAAUUCAGCCCUUUCUACGAAAAUCGCAUCGCCGUCGCCACCGCUCAAAACUUCGGCAUCCUCGGCAACGGCCGUCUCCACGUCCUCGAACUCUCCUCCAAUCCCGCCCUCCCAAUCACCGAAAUCGCCGCUUACGACACCGCCGACGGCAUCUACGACGUCACCUGGUCUGAAUCUCACGAUUCCAUUACCGUCGCCGCCGUAGCCGACGGUUCCGUCAAACUCUACGACCUCGCUCUUCCACCUACUUCAAACCCUAUUCGUUCCUUUCAUGAACAUACUCGGGAAGUUCAUUCCGUUGAUUAUAAUCCCGUUCGCCGUGAUUCGUUUCUCUCAGCUGCGUGGGACGAUACUGUCAAAUUAUGGACAGUGGAUCGUCCUACGUCGGUGAGAACGUUCAAAGAGCAUGCUUAUUGUGUUUAUUCAUCUGUUUGGAAUCCUCGUCAUGCCGAUGUUUUCGCCUCGGCUUCUGGGGAUUGUACUGUCAGAAUUUGGGAUGUUCGUGAGCCAGGUUCUACAAUGAUUCUUCCGGCGCAUGAACACGAGAUUCUUUCAUGUGAUUGGAAUAAGUAUGAUGAAUGUAUUAUUGCAACUGGGUCGGUUGAUAAGUCGGUUAAGGUUUGGGAUGUAAGGAGUUAUAGGGUUCCAGUUGCCGUGCUUAAUGGACAUGGUUAUGCUGUUAGAAAGGUUAAAUUUUCGCCGCAUGUGAGGAAUUUGUUGGUGUCUUGUUCUUAUGAUAUGACUGUUUGUGUUUGGGAUUUUAUGGUGGAGGAUGCUUUGGUGAGUAGGUAUGAUCAUCAUACUGAGUUUGCUGUUGGGGUUGAUAUGAGUGUUCUUGUUGAAGGGCUUCUUGCUAGUACUGGUUGGGAUGAACUUGUUUAUGUUUGGCAACAUGGAACUGAUCCUAGGGCAUCUUGAAAGGGAAGAACUUUAGAGGGAACCUAAAAGGAAGAAUGAUUGUUGAAACUUCCACAAUGGGCAAGAAGCAAGUGCAAGACAAUGAAGUUGGAUUUUGUUUGUAACAUGGGAGCUGAGUCACUCAAAUCAUAAGUUUUACCAGUACUGAGUGCUCUACUAUUUUGUGUAAGUUUAAAUUGUUUGGAGUUUUCGCUUUAUGAUCUACAAUGUAGCUUAAUACUGAAUCAUACGUUGUAUCUGAAAUACCAGAUACACAAAAUAUUAUAACAAUAAGCGUUGCUCUGACAGUGAGUAUUUUGAAGGA